AUGCCUGGUGCAAUGCUGGGGUCUGGAUACAAAAUAGCUGCCCCGCUCCUCCCGCCGCCUCCUCCUCCUCCUCCUCCUCUGUCUCCUCCUCCUCCUGCUUCUUCUUUCUUUGAUCCGUCCCGCGAAGAGCGAAGAGGACGUCGGCGGUUGUGCACGCGGGACCUGGGGCGUGCAUCUAGGAAGCGCCGGGAGGCGACAGCCACUGACUAG